AUUGACAAGAUGACAAACAUUCAUCAAACUGCUAGAUCCUUUCCUGACUCAACACCCAUCUCUCAUAAAUUCUUUUCAUCCAAGACCAUUUUGUGGCAACCUAAUUUAAAAGAACUUUCAUUGGAGGGUUUAUAUGAAAGACUAGAAGUGGUAUUUGAUCUUGAAGGACAGAAGGACAACAAUGACCAUCAGAGAAUCGCAGUACUUGCUGAAUUGAAAACUUUAAGAGUAAUUGGUUUAUCUAAUUUGAGGUAUGUGUGGAAGAAUGUUCCACAAGGAAUUCAGGGCUUUCAAAACCUAACAUCAAUUAAUGUAUAUAGAUGUCAUAAACUAAGAUAUUUAUUCCCACCUACUAUUGCAAAACUACUUGUGGAACUUCAAAGCAUUAAAAUAUGGUGGUGUGACAUGAUCGAAAACAUUGUUCAAAGAGAUGGAGAAGAAGAGGCAGAGGAUAUCAUCUUGUUGCCUAAACUUACUUCCUUCGAUUUAAGUUCUCUGCCAAAUCUCAUGAGUUUCUGUAUCAAACCUUAUUCUUUUGAAUGGUCAUCCAUCGAGAAGAUCUAUAUGUAUGGGUGUCCGAAAUUCAAAACAUAUGGGAAGCUGCAGAAAGAGGGUAUUUUGACUAAGGAUCCAAGAGCUAAUGAUAUCGACAACAACUCCAAGACAUGGGCUUUUUUUCCAUCCCAUUUGAUUGUGUGCUUAAAGAAUCUAAAAAUGAUGAAAUUGAGCAACUGUGAUUCACUAGAAUUUAUAUUUCAACAUGAGGAACUAAAAGUUGAGGAAAGUCACAUGGCACUGGUACUUGAUCAGUUAAGGAGAUUGGAUCUAAGUGAUUUGCCAAAACUGAUGCACAUAUGGAAGAAGGGCCCAGAAAGGAUCUUGGGCUUUGGGAACUUGAGAUUGUUAAAAGUAAGUGGAUGUGACAAUCUGACAUGUUUGUUCUCACCAUCCGUAGCAAAACUGCUUGUGAUGUUAGAGAAAAUUGAAGUUAUUUACUGUAAGAAAAUUGAAGAAAUCCUUACAAGAGCAGGAGAAGAAGAAAAAGAAAAGGACGUUUUGUUUGACAAAGUGAACUCAAUCGUGCUUUGUAAUUUACCAAAUCUGAAGUGUUUUUGCUCUGAAACUAAUGCUUUAGACUGGCCAUCGCUAAAGGAAAUAAGGGUAAUUAAAUGUCCUAGUUUAAGCACGUUUAUUCCAUCUAAUCUAAACACACCUAAGCUAGAGGGAGUAUACAAUAAUCAUCCAUGGAUAGAAGAACGAACAUGUCAUUGGAAGGGAGACCUGAAUGCCACCAUAGAGCAUAUAUUCAAAGGAAAGGAAAAGCCGGUGGAUCAUUAGACACAUAAACAAGAGCAAACUGAGAUUAGUGAGACGGAUGUGUGAUGUUGGGUAAGACAUAUAAGUGGUG